GGGCGCGGCGGGGGGCGGGGGGUGCGGCGCGGGCGGCCCCUCCCCCUGCCCAGCUCCGGGCGGGCGACCAGAGCCGCGGGAGUUUUCGCGCCCGGGAGGGAGAUGCGGCCGCCGCUCGGGCUCCUUGCAGACUUCUAACCAGCAUAAUGCUGCAGCCAGUGGCUGGCAGCCUGCAGUUUUCAAAAUGGCCGAGUUGGAGGCCAGUUUGGACGAUGUCAUUCCGUCUUCUGUGCUUCCUCCUUUCUGGGCUAAGUUAGUAGUGGGAUUCGUUUCCCUCGUGUGUUUCGCACGUAGCUAUGAUGGAGAUUUUGUCUUUGAUGAUUCUGAAGCUAUUAUUAACAAUAAGGAUCUCCGAGCAGAAACGCCCCUUGGGGACCUGUGGCAUCACGAUUUCUGGGGCAGUAGGCUGACCAGCAACACCAGCCACAAGUCCUACCGACCCCUCACUGUCUUGACUUUCAGGAUUAACUACUAUUUGUCGGGAGGUUUCCACCCUGUGAGUUUCCACGUCGUCAACAUCCUGCUGCACGGUGGCAUCUCUAUGCUCCUGGUGGACGUUUUCUCUGUGCUGUUCGGUGGCUUGCACUACACCAGUAGAGGCCGGAGGCUAAACCUGGCCCCCAGGUCGUCCCUGCUGGCUGCACUGCUGUUCGCCACACAUCCGGUGCACACCGAGUGUGUUGCUGGUGUUGUCGGCCGUGCAGACCUCCUGGGGGCCCUGUUCUUUCUGCUGUCUUUCCUGGGCUACUGUAAAGCAUUUAGAGAAAGUAACAAAGAGGGAGCCCAUUCCACAUUCUGGGUGUUGCUGAGUAUCCUUCUGGGAGCUGUGGCCAUGCUGUGCAAAGAGCAAGGGAUCACUGUGCUGGGUUUAAAUGCAGUCUUUGACAUCCUGGUGAUAGGCAAAUUAAAUGUUCUGGAAAUUGUCCAGAAGGUACUACAUAAGGACAAGUCAUUAGAGAACAUUGGCGUGCUCAGAAACGGGGGUCUCCUCUUCAGAAUGACCCUGCUGGCCUUGGGGGGAGCAGGGGUGCUCUACAUGCGCUGGAGAAUCAUGGGCACCGGCCCCCCGGCAUUCACCGAGGUGGACAACCCCGCCUCCUUUGCCGACAGCAUGUUGGUCAGGGCCAUAAACUAUAAUUACUACUAUUCAUUGAAUGCCUGGCUGCUGCUGUGCCCCUGGUGGCUGUGUUUUGAUUGGUCAAUGGGCUGCAUCCCCCUCAUUAAGUCAGCCGGUGACUGGAGGGUAAUUGCACUAGCAGCACUCUGGUUCUGCCUAAUUGGCCUGAUGUGCCAAGCCCUCUGCUCCGAAGACAGUCACAGGAGAAGAAUCCUCACGCUUGGCCUAGGAUUUCUCAUCAUCCCAUUUCUUCCGGCAAGUAACCUGUUCUUCCGAGUGGGUUUUGUGGUGGCCGAGCGAGUCCUCUACCUCCCCAGUGCUGGGUACUGCAUGCUGCUGACGUUUGGAUUUGGAGCCCUCAGUAAACACACGAAGAAAAAGAAGCUAAUUGCUGCUCUUGUCCUGGGAAUUUUAUUUCUAAACACGCUGAGAUGCGUGAUUCGCAGUGGUGAGUGGCGAAGUGAAGAACAGCUUUUCAGAAGUGCCCUGUCUGUGUGUCCUCUCAACGCUAAGGUUCACUACAAUGUUGGCAAAAACCUUGCUGAUAAAGGCAAUCAAACAGCUGCCAUCAGAUAUUACCGGGAAGCUGUGAGAUUAAAUCCCAAAUAUGUCCAUGCCAUGAAUAACCUCGGAAAUAUUUUAAAAGAGAGGAAUGAGCUACAGGAAGCGGAGGACCUGCUGUCUUUGGCUGUGCAAAUACAGCCCGACUUUGCUGCAGCCUGGAUGAAUUUAGGCAUAGUACAGAACAGCCUGAAGCGGUUCGAAGCUGCUGAGCGAAGUUACCAGACAGCCAUCAAACACAGAAGGAAAUACCCAGAUUGUUACUAUAACCUUGGGCGUUUGUAUGCAGAUCUAAAUCGACACGUGGACGCGUUAAAUGCAUGGAGAAAUGCUACUGUGCUGAAACCGGAGCACAGCUUGGCUUGGAACAACAUGAUCAUACUCCUUGAUAAUACAGGUAAUUUAGCCCAAGCUGAAGCAGUUGGAAGAGAGGCACUGGAAUUAAUACCUAAUGAUCACUCUCUCAUGUUCUCCUUGGCAAACGUGCUGGGAAAGUCCCAGAAAUAUAAGGAAUCUGAAACUUUAUUCCUCAAAGCAAUUAAAGCUCAUCCAAAUACUGCAAGUUACCAUGGCAAUUUGGCUGUGCUUUAUCAUCGUUGGGGACAUCUGGACUUGGCCAAAAAACACUAUGAAAUCUCUCUGCAGCUUGACCCCACUGCAUCAGGAACCAGGGAGAAUUAUGGGCUCCUAAGAAGAAAGAUAGAACAAAUGCAAAAGAAAGAUGUCUGAUCCUUUUUCCUUUAUUUUUUGAGUUUGUAUAUGUGUGUGUGCAUGCGUGU